AUGUCAACAUGCCAGUUGGGAUUCUUUAAGGAUUCAUCCCAAAGUCAAGGGUGCAUCAAAUGCCCCCCACACAGUUACACACGUGAAGAAGCAUCAACAUCCUGUGUUUGUGAAGAGAACUAUUUUCGAAAGGAGUCUGAUCCACCCACCAUGGCUUGUACAAGACCCCCCUCUGCUCCUCGGAGUGCCAUCUCAAAUGUUAACGAGACUAGUGUCUUUCUGGAAUGGAUUCCUCCUGCUGAUACUGGUGGAAGGAAAGAUGUAUCUUAUUAUAUUGCAUGCAAGAAGUGCAACUCGCACUCAGGGCUCUGUGAGGCAUGUGGCAGUCAUGUCAGGUAUCUUCCACAACAAAGCGACCUGAAAAACACCUCUGUGAUGAUGGUAGACCUGCUUGCUCAUACAAACUAUACCUUUGAAAUUGAGGCAGUGAAUGGUGUGUCCGACCAGAGUCCAGCUGCACGGCAAUUUGUUUCAGUCAAUGUAACCACAAACCAGGCAGCACCAUCUCCAAUCACGAAUGUGAAAAAAGGGAAUGUCGCCAAAAAUAGCAUCUCACUCUCCUGGCAGGAACCAGAUCGACCCAAUGGCAUCAUCCUGGAAUAUGAAAUCAAAUAUUUUGAAAAGGAUCAGGAGACCAGUUAUACCAUCAUCAAAUCCAAGCAGACAAGAAUUACAGCAGAUGGCUUGAAACCCGCUUCAGCAUAUGUCUUCCAGAUUCGAGCUCGCACCGCAGCAGGGUAUGGUGGCUUCAGCCGAAGAUUUGAGUUUGAAACCAGCCCAGUGU